AUGGCGGCUCGCGAGUCGGUCGAAGGCGUGCUCGGACACCUGACUAUCGCGCUCCAUGCAGAGAGCUACGCCCCGGGGGAGGUCGUCACGGGUGUCGUGAAGCUCUCGACGCUGGAGCUGAUCCAGGCGCGAGAGCCGCUGGCAGUGCUUGUCCAAGGCAAGGAGACCGUUGCAUGGGACGAAGGAGGCUACAACCCCGUCACGAACGCCUUCGACAAGAUUUUCCUUCAAGAAAAGAUUGAGCUGGUCCCGACCACGCUCUUCAGUGCUGGUGACUCGGAGUACAGCUUCAACUUCACGCUGCCGAAGGACUUACCCUCGAGCUUUGAGCUGACCGACGUCUACAGCGGAACGGCCGAGCGGCUCCGCGUUCGCGUCAAGUACGAGGCGAGUGUUUGGCUCAGAGCGGAGGGCGACUCGGUGGCGUAUUUGCAGACGUCGCAGGAGUUUUCCGUGCAUGCCCCACCGACAGCGACCCCGCCGGCGCGGGCUCUGGAGAUCACAACGUCGGAGGUGGUGCACUGGUUGUGCUGUAUCAAUCGCGGCAGUCUGCAGAUGAUGCUCGAGAUUCCGAAGGAUGUUUUUGUCGCGGGUGAAGUGGUGCCACUGGUCUGUCGAGUGGACGGAUCUGCCUGUAAGGCGUCCGUCAAGUCGAUCUCGGUUGAGUUGAUCGAAGAUGUAGCGCUGCGGAAUCUAGGAGAGCGGCCAGACUGGACUGUCACGCGUCAGCUAUCGACGCAGCAAGUGUUUGGUCCCGACGCCGGCCACAAGGGGGAGCAAGUGGUGGAGGUCGGGCUGGUUGAGAACGACAAGAAGACUGCGAUUAACCCGGAUGUGGCCACGCAUUUCUUCCGAUGUACUCAUCGACUGAUCGUUCACUGCAAACCGUUUAUGGCGCAGAGUAUCAUGGCCGAAGUGCCUGUGAGAGUGCUGCACCACAAUACGUCGUUCAGCACAGGAGCAGUUCGAGUGCUGAGAUUGCCCGCAGAAGCGACUUCCGGGAGCAAAAGUCCGUGA